AUGGCUAAUAAACGACGUCCCAAGAAGGCACGUGCUCCAUAUAAAAGAUAUGUCUACAAAUCAAAUAAUUAUUUAGCUAAUUCCGAUGAUGAAGAAGACCAAACUACGGAAUCAAAAGAAACAACAUUAGAAUCAACCAAUACUCAAAGAUUUAAAAACAAUGUUAAUGUGAAUUCCGUAUAUAUAUUAAGUGAUCAAAUCAAUUAUCAGGGGAAGAUGUGGCCUUGGAGUAAGUUUGAAAAAGUUGAUAUUUUACGAUGUGCAAUUCAAGGUCAUAAUCCUGAUUAUGUUCAAUUAGUUGAGAAUGAAGUUGGUAUAAAUCAAGAUAUAAUGAAACUACCGACAGAAAUCUUUGUUGAAAUAUUUAAAAUCCUUCAAAGUUGGAAUAAAUUAAAACCAAAAUAUAUGAGAGUUUGUCGAUUAUUUUAUUUGAUCAUAUUACCAAUGUUAUAUCGACAUCCUCAAGUUAAAGCUAAUAAUUUCUUUAAUUUUAUGGAAACCAUAAGUAAUAAUAAGAAACUUGGAGAUUAUAUAUAUACUUUGGAUUUAUCUCAUAUCAUUCAAUCAGGUAAAAAUGCAUUUGUGGCAAAAUUAUUAAAAAGAUCAAAUAAACAUUUGGAUACUUUCAUUGCACCUCAAACCAGUUUUGGAUUAGCUCCAUUAAUUGCUUUAAAGAAUUGUUUACAUUUACGAGUAUUGGAUUUACGAUUAGUAUCAGAAACUUUAAAUCUUGAAGAAUUAUUCAAAUCAAUUAGAAAUCUUCAUAAUUUAACAUAUUUAUCAUUCCCAAGAUCACUGAUUGAAAUCAAUGAUUAUAAAUCAAUAGUAUGGCCGCCACAACUUACAUUCCUCAGGAUAUCGGGAGGAAUAUCUGAUGAUUUUUUAUAUGAGAGUAAUUUCCCAACACUGAUAAAACAAUUAGAAUUUGCUCAUUGUCCAAGUAUAACAGAUAUAGGAUUACGACAUAUUUUAUAUACCAUUGGCGCCAAUCUAACCAGUCUUAAAGUACAAUAUCCCAUGCCAGGAUUAAAGAAAAAUUCAUUAGAUCAAGUGUUUAUUUAUUGUCCUAAUUUAUUAGUGCUUGAAAUAAGUGUCGAUUAUGUAUCAUCAUCAUUCUUUGAUGAAGAAUAUUUGAGAUUUCUAGAUUAUCCAAGACCAUUACGUACUUUAUAUAUACAAAGUAGUGGAAUGUUGGGAACUCUGACAAGAUUGGAUCCUAUUGAUUUAGUUAUUGCUUUGAAUGAAGGUAGAUUACCAAAUUUAAAGAAUAUUCUGUGUACUGCUAAACUAGGAUGGGAUCCUAAGUCUGAAGCAGUUGAAUAUAUAGUUGACGAAUUAGAUGAAAGAAAUGGUGGGAUUUAUAUUGGCUAUUAA